GAUAAGAUAAAGCUCGAAACAUCCGCAUAUAACAGGCCAGCACGCGACUCGGUGCGUUGAGGGUUUGCUGUGCUGCUUGCGCUGCUCUGCUCUCCAACCAUGAAGAUCUUCUCCUUUGCGUUAUGGCUGAUCGCGGCUGAGAUGGUGUCUGCGCUGGGACUCGGGCCAUCGGACUGCGGCGGCCAGGCGUUGUCAUGCGUCAACUGCUCAUCCACGCUGUCUUGCACCAAGAUUGGCAAUUUGUUUCGGCCAAUCCAAGUCGACAACUGCCCUGCGGAGGCCCCAUACUGCUCAAACGGUGCCUGUGUUUCGACACCGGCGGACCUUUCCUGUGUCCUGCCGCCCCCCGCCAGUUUCGACUUCAAGUGCAGCGGUGACGGCUAUUUCCCGGACCCCUCCAGCUGCAGGCGAUACUGGCUGUGUGUCGGAGGCAGCGCGUUCCGCUACGACUGCGCAGCUGAAGCCGUGUAUAGCCAUGCCCGGGCAGACUGCGUGUUCAGCACUGACGUUCCCUGCUCUACAGCAGCUUGCGAUGGACCAUCCUACCAGCCAUACGCACAGUCCCUGGAGAUCUACUUUUACUGCAAGGAUGCUGUCAAUGCUAACGCGGAGGUUGCGGCCUGUCCACCUAACCACGUCGUGGAUUCGACCGGGCAUUGCGUACUGACGUGUACAUCAGCGGGGAGACUGCCGGUAGAGAGCAACGGGACCAUGUACUACGAGUGCAGCAAGACAUUUUCAAAGCCUUUUCUAAGAGCCUGCCCGUCUGGCUCGACGUUUAACGUAGAGAAGCAGCGCUGCGUAACUGGGAGGGAAGAAAGUCAAAAGGGCUACGAUGAGGAUUAUUACGCGCCUGACCCAAACAUACCAGAGUCUGAAUAUGAUCUUCCAGUGACACUAAAAGUCGGUUCGGCCACGUCAGCUUUUCAGGUCGAAGGAGCAUGGAAUGAUUCAGAUAAGUCACUCAGCAUAAUGGAUGUUUAUUACCAUUCCCGACCUUCCUUGGAGAAUGGCGACAUCGCAGACGACUCAUUUCACAAAUACAUGGACGACGUAGCCGCGCUAGAUGAAUUACAAAUGGACUUCUACCGCUUCUCCUUUUCUUGGCCUCGUCUACUUCCGACUGGGGAUAAGUCGGCACCGAGCAUCAACGGAACUCAGUACUACAAAAACUUGAUUAAAGCACUAACAGAUAAAGGGAUAGAGCCAGUGGUGACACUUUACCACUGGGAUUUGCCUGAAGUACUUCAGGUUGAUGGCGGCUGGCUAAAUCCGGCAAUACAAGACCGGUUUGUUGAAUACGCUACCUACUGCUUCGAGACUUUCGGUGACCAAGUGAAGUCGUGGCUCAUGGUUAACGAGCCCCUGACGCAGUGCCUGUAUGGGUACGAGUUGGGAUACUUAGGGCCAGCGGUGCAGAUGCUGGGCACCGGGGGAUACCAAUGCAAUCACAACAUGGUGCUUGCACACGCUAAAGCUUAUCGCGUGUACCAAGAGAGGUUCAAGUAUCAGGGUGGCAAGAUCAGCUCGGCCAUCAACAUGGCUUUCGCCCAGCCGAAGACAGCGUCGAAGGCAGAUGUGGACGCGGCCCAGCGCUACAUGGAGUGGCAAUAUGCUUGGUACGCUGAUCCUUUCUUCUUCGGGGACUACCCGGCCUCAAUGCGGCAGACGAUAGAUGCACUGAGCUCUGCAGAGAACAGAAGUGACUCUCGUCUCCCGCGCUUCACGGCAGAAGAGAAGAAAAUUGUCAUGGGUGCAAUGGACUAUCUCGGAGUGAACAACUACGGUGCUAUCGUGGCAUCAGCAAGCACUGCAACAAGGUCGGGCACGCCUAACUACUCAUCGGACUUGCUCGUAAACACUGAAAAUGGAAAAGACUGGACCAUAAGCGGGUCUCCGAGAUUCCCAGUGACUCCUUGGAGUUUGGCUGGAUGCGUCAAAUGGGUGAAAGACCGCUACAACAACUUUCCUAUGUGGGUCACUGAAAACGGGUAUUGUGGAACAAAGGAUGACGGACUGAAUGAUUCCAAACGCAUUGGCUACUACAGCGGUUAUAUGCGGGGUCUAAUGCGAGCUAUUAACAAGGACGGAGCAAAUAUCAUCGGGUACACUGCUUGGAGUCUCCUAGAUAACCUUGAGUGGAACGACGGAUUCAGCUUGAAGUUCGGCCUCGUCCAUGUCGACUUCGAGGACCCUGAACGUCCACGGACAAUUAAAGACUCUGGCCGCUUUAUCAAGCAGAUUAUUACAAACCGUAACGUCCCAUACGUCAAAGUGACUUAAUACGUCAUUGGAUAAUAUUUGUACAUAUAACAAUCAAUAACGAUCUCAUCUGAAUGCUAAACAGUGCAACGAGUGGAUUGACUCUUUGCCAGCUGUGAUAUUUCGACAGAUUCGCCUUUAUGUGAUAAGGUUUAUGACAGCUUCGUAAAAAGCAAUGUUAAUAAACAGAAGUUUCACGAAUAA